AUGAUAUCAAGUGCUAUUUCCACUGCACCUCUAAUGACAUAUAGCUUAUGCACUGCUAUGAGCAAUAGAUCAAGCAGCUUCUCAGAGGCAAAACAACAAGCACUUGGUGCACAACAAAGAACUGAGGAGAACAUGAUGCUCCAAACCAACACAAUGAACAAUCCACUUUCCUUCAAGAGUAUAAUGAUGCUGCUCAUCUUACUAUUUUCUUGUUCGCAGCAGACGACGGAAUUGUCAACUGACUACAGCACUGAUCUGUCGGCAUUGCUGGCCAUCAAAGGACGCAUCACAUCCGAUCCCCAUGAUGUCCUCUCACGCAGCUGGAAUGCUAACACAUCCUUCUGCAGCUGGUAUGGAGUGCGGUGCAGCCGCCGUGGGGAGCGAGUUACAGCCUUACAACUCAACCACGCCGCCCUUCGCGGCACCAUCGCACCGCAUGUUGCCAACCUCUCCUUCCUCAGCAUUCUCAACCUCUCCAAUAACUCUCUCUCUGGCCAUCUCCCCGAUGACCUCGGUCGUCUCCGUCGAUUAAAAACACUCUUCCUCGAAGGGAACCGACUCUCCGGACCUAUCCCACCAUCCAUCUUCAACAUCUCCUCCCUUGAGUUGCUAAAUUGUGCAAUCAAUGAGUUUUCCGGUUACAUUCCAACAGGAACCGGCUCUGCGAAUCUCCAAGCGCUAUCAUUUGCAAUCAACCAACUCACUGGAACUAUACCCGCUGAGCUUGGGAACUACCCUGAGCUCCGUUUCUUAUCUCUUAGCAUCAAUAACCUCACUGGCUUGAUACCGCCUUCUAUCGCAAACCUAACGCAGCUUACAAUACUUGAACUUUCCUCCAACAAUCUACAAGGUGGCAUUCCGACGGAGCUCGGCCGUCUCAUCAAUUUGGAGGUCCUGCAUGUGAAGCAAAAUGGCUUGACGGGCACAUUACCAAGUUCGAUCUUCAACCUAUCUUCACUACAGAUCCUCGCUGUGUCGAAGAACAUGCUCACCGGAUACAUUCCAAAAGGCGGUAAUGGCCUAUGGCUGCCACUCAUUCAAAAGUUUUAUCUAGAUGAUAACCGGUUGACGGGCUUGAUCCCACAGCAGUUGGGCCAGUGCAAGUAUCUAAUAGACAUAGAAUUGUACAACAACCAAUUCAUGGGGAAUAUACCAGUUGAAUUUGGGAACCUACCAAGUCUUAGGAUAUUACUUCUUUACAGCAAUAAUCUUUCUGGGCCUAUACCAUCCUCAUUUGCACAAUCUUUAACAUAUCUUCCCUGCAGUUUCUUGACCUUACUCUCAAUAAUUUUACCGGACAUCUUCCGGUUGACAUUGGCAACCGGCUCCCAAAACUACAGAGUCUUAAAUCUUGCAGCAAAUCUGUUUAGUGGAAAGAUACCGGCUUCUCUAUCUAAUCGUUCGCUGUUAUCAGCCAUUGAACUCUCCUAUAAUAGUUUUACUGGCCCAGUUCCCACAACAUUUAACAAUCUCCAGCUUCUUCGUUUCUUGAAUCUUGCGGAAAACCAACUUAGCGGCAGAUUGGAGUUCCUUUCACCUCUGGCUAAUUGCAAGCAUUUGACGAGUUUGUAUAUUGGGAACAAUCAAUUCAAAAGCUCUCUGCCAGUUGCUGUUGGAAAUCUCUCAAGAAAUCUUCAGGUGCUAUACAUUGCUAAUUGCCAACUCAACGGAAAUAUUCCUUCUGCAAUUGGAAAUCUUAGUGGUCUGAACAAUUUGGACUUAAGUAGUAAUGGAUUCAGCGGAGAAAUCCCAACUUCAAUAAGUAAUCUACGGAAUCUACAACGGCUGCAUCUGCAAAACAACCUAUUAAAUGGAUCAAUUCCCAAGGAAUUAUUUCUAUUAAGACAUCUGGGCCAGUUGCACCUUGAGGAAAAUAUGAUUUCAGGAGCAAUGCCUGAGUCAAUAUCUAAUGGAACUGGACUUCAGGAAAUUUCUCUAGCUGCGAAUUUACUGUCCUUGACAGUACCUUCGGCAAUCUGGAGGCUCACAGAUCUCGUGCUAUUUAACCUCUCAUAUAAUUCUUUGGUUGGGGUAAUACCUGCAGAAGUUGGAAACAUGAAAUUAGUACAAGUAAUGGAUUUUUCGGCAAAUAAAUUUUCUGGUAAUAUUCCAAGCACUUUAGGCAAUCUCCAAAUGCUUACCAACCUGAACCUUUCAAGCAAUUCAUUCCCAGGUCCAAUUCCCGAAUCUUUUGGUGGUUUACUAAACUUGAUUAGUAUGAAUCUAUCCUCAAACGCCCUUGCAGGUUCGAUUCCGAAAUCUUUUUCAAGACUUCGUUACCUGGUUAGCCUAAAUUUGUCAUAUAACAAACUAGAAGGCGAAAUUCCGCAAGGAGGAAUAUUCAAUCACCUCACAGCUAGCUCUUUCAUAGGCAACUUGGCAUUGUGCGGAGCAAGUAAAUUUGGUGUACCGCCGUGCAUGGCAACACCCAUUCCAAAUUCAAGAAGCAGAAAAUAUCUACUAGAAAUCCUUCUUCCCACAGCUUUUGCUAUAUUGUCAGCUUGUUUCCUCAUAAUAUUCAUGAUUAGGAGAAAGAAGAUUAAGAAAAUUAGUACUGUAGAUCAGUUGGCUGUGAAUAACCAUAGAAGAAUUUCUUACCACGAGCUUGUGCGUGCCACUGAUGAUUUCGAUGACACAAACUUACUCGGUUCAGGAAGUUUUGGUUCGGUCUACAAAGGCCGAUUAGAUGACGGAAUGCUUAUUGCAGUUAAAGUGCUAAACCUUCAGCUGCAAAAAGCAUCAGCAAGUUUUGAUGCAGAAUGCCAAGUGCUAAGUACUGUUAGGCAUAGAAAUCUUGUUAAGAUUAUAAGCACUUGCUCUACCUUAGAGUUUAAGGCCUUAAUUCUUCAAUAUAUGCCAAACGGGAGCCUCGAAAAGUGGUUAUAUUCUCAUAUCCACUACUUGGACCUCAUUCAGAGGAUAAACAUAAUGACGGAUGUGGCGCUUGCGUUGGAAUAUCUGCAUCACCAAUGCCCAACACCUGCGGUGCACUGUGAUCUGAAGCCUAGUAAUAUUCUCAUCGACGAGGACAUGUCGGCUCAUGUCAGCGACUUUGGCAUUGCGAAGUUAAUUUCCGAGGAUGAUUCAUGCUCUAUAUUAACAAGCGCACCAGGCACAAUAGGCUAUAUUGCUCCAGAGUACGGGAUGGCUGGCAAAGUGUCGACAAGUGGGGAUGUUUACAGCUACGGCAUUCUACUGUUAGAAGUCUUUUCAAGGAAGAAGCCGACCGAUGAGAUGUUUGUCGGAGGAUCGAGCUUAAGACAAUGGAUUGGCGAAUCAUUUCAUGUUGCAAUAGAGAAUGUCAUUUCAUGUUGCAAUAGAGAAUGUCGUCGACGAAAACCUCCUCGAUUCUGAAGUUAACAUCCAUGCCGCUAAUGUCGGCACGGAGGAAGCUGCGAGGAUAAAAAAACCGGUGUUUAUCAUCCCUCCUGGAACUCGGCCUAUCCUGCUCAAGCGAAACGCCGAAAGAAAGGCCGACUAUGGAAGAUGUUGUGGUGAGACUGAAGAAGAUCAGAAGCCAUAGAGCUUAACCGAUAAGGUCUCAUUCCUAUCAACUCUUCAAGAAGUUUUCAACUUACAUAUAAUUUGCAUGAGCUGGUGUUAUAGGAAAUAUUUCUUUUCAGCAUUUUAUCAGUAAAUUUGAGUUCACUAGCCUACAAUAAUUUUGUAACAGAGCAUGAUAUCAAAUGCAUGCCAUUUCCACAGCACCUUUAAUGACAUAUAGCUUAUGCACUAUCAUAUGGAAUAGAUCAAGCAACUUCUCUCAGAGGCAAAACAACAAGCGCUUGGUGCGCAACAAGUAAACUAAAAGCAAAAGAGAAGGAUUAACAAA